AUGGUAUCCAUCAUUACUGCAUGUCGCCAAUGCUCAAGGCUUUCCGUUCGGAAAGUACGGCAAGAUGCAAAUAUGCGAGGCUUUCGGACUUCAGCUAUAGGUCUAGUGGCUCAGAACUUUACUAUGCCAGCAUUAUCACCGACAAUGACAGAGGGAAACAUUGCGAGGUGGAACGUCAAGGAAGGCGACUCCUUCUCUGCCGGAGAUGUGUUACUUGAAAUUGAAACGGACAAGGCCUCAAUGGACGUAGAGGCUCAAGAUGAUGGUGUCGUUGCAAAGAUUUUUCAAGGUGAUGGCAGUAAAGGUAUCAAAGUCGGUACCCGAAUUGGCGUUUUCGCUGAGGUCGGCGACGACUUGAACAAUCUAGAGAUAUCAUCGGAAAAGAAAAGUUCAGAAUCUAUCCCCGUAAAGAAUGCAUCAAAAGAUGAAUUACAGGCUCCUCCAAGAGAAGAACCCUCGAAUAACCACCUGGAUCAUGUCUCUGAAAUAGCAAAGAAACAAACAUAUUCGCUACUACCUUCCGUCGAGUACCUAAUUCGGUUGCACAAUCUAAACCACGCAACUAUCGAUAAAAUGACACCAACAGGCCCAAAUAAUCGUCUACUCAAGGGAGAUGUCCUUGCAUACCUCGGGAAAGUCUCAGAGUCAUACCCUUCAGAAUUAUCUCGUAUGUUGCAUAGUUUGUCCCAUUUAGACUUGAGCAAUAUAAAAGUUGCCUCGUCAAUAUCCAUGCCAGAGGUUGUAUCCAAACAAACGGCUCCAGCAACGGAUGCCAGUAAUAGCGUCAAUAUACCAACUUUUGUUAAAGUAGAGCUGUCUAUCUCUUUAGACUCUAUGCACAGGGUUCAAGAAAGAGUAAAGAAUACACUUGGUAUCUCUCUACCAGAAAGUACCCUCAUCAGUCGUGCAGCAAAAGUUGCGAACCAAAAUUUUCCUCGAACAAAAUCACGCAAAGCCACGAGUACAGAAAUAUUCGAUGAAAUUUUAGGAAUUGAAACUAGCUCGAAAUCAGGACGUAUGCGCGCAUACUUUUCACCUCAGACCCGACUUAAACAGCACAGUUUACCAAAAACCAGUAUCUCAAACACUAAAGAGCUCGACAUCAUCGACUUCUUAUCCGGUAAAAAGUCGACUGGUAUAUUGCCCCCGCAAAUGAGCGAAAAUUUUCAUGCUGAAGAAAAGUCUUUAAUAUUUAGCCUUGAAGUACAGAAGGCAGAUGAAGAGGCUGCACAAAUUUUUUUGGGAAGGAUAAAGAACAUCUUAGAAAAUGAACCUGCUAGUCUUCUACUCUGA